AUGCUUUCAGAACCAAAGCACGCUUGCUACAGGCACUGGAAGAAGUCCAAGCAUGCUGUCAAGUGCGGAAGCAAGCUUAAUACAGGAUCACAAAAGCUGAAAGCAUGCAAAGCAGGACAGCAAGAAGUGUUCGCCUUGGGGUAUAUCUUGGCCAAAUCUCUCGCAUUAUUCUUGCUUCCUCAUCUACGCUAUACCAACACCGCACAGGAUCUACUGUCAGACGAAUCACAACAGAGAACAGCACAACACCUCGUCAGGAAUCAAUUAUCCAACGACAUUCCAUCAAGCAAUAUCUCAUCAGGCAACACUACCCAAAAAGAAAACCGCUAUAGGAUCACAGCAUACAACACCGCACCAGUUCGAUGCAUGUGGCUGCUCAAUAAGCUCACAAUGCCGUACAGCAAGAAGUCCCCGAAACUCCCAUAUGACUACGAAGCCAUCGACAAAGCUCUCGCCGCAAACAAUGACAACAUCUUCACGCCAGACUCUUUCAACGAACUCUAUGCGGCCGCACUUGCUACUCAAGAGGCUACGGGGGACAGCAAAGAGCAGUAUCGCAGACACAAUUUGCUGUAUGGACUUUUGGAGAGAAGGACAGGAAAGAAGUUGAAGCUCGCACUCAAUAGUGAGGACAAGGCAGCCGGGCUCUUGGCAUCUAGGACAGAGUUCUUGAAUCUUGCAGUCAACACUUUUCUCGAGAGCGAGAGCGACAGUGGAAAUGAUAUCGCUAUGUUCAAGGCCGAGACUCAAUCCAAAGCCAAUGCCGGAUCUCUUGGAAGUAUUGGAGUUGACGAUACUGGAAUGGACGGCAGCGAGGCUGGUGAGAGUGUUCAGGAUUGGGACAAUGUCGCAGGUGUUGGCAGUCUGGAGGCGGACGCCAUAGACUUGAACAGCGACUACGAAUCUCUUGCCACGUGGCGUGAUAAGCUCCAGGCACAUGCAGACUGGUUGAACCAGACUGAAGCCGCACUAAGAGAGAAAGACCGGACGAUCGACACGAAGUGGCGAGAGGCUGAAAAGACGAUGACGGAGGUCAAAGACAAAGAGAAGGACAUCUACAAGAAAGAGAAGGAGGUUGCGAGCAGAGAAAAGGAUGUAGCUACGAAAGUGAAGGAGGUUGAGAGGAGGGAGAAGGACCUAGUGAAGAGAGAAAUGGAGGUCCAGAAGAAGGAGGUGGGUUGUCGUAAAAGCUCAUUCGCUACAAAUCAGCUCAGUGACGAGCUAAGAAACGUUCGCCGAGCUUUGAACCAGGCCGAGCAGGAGAAAAAAGACUUGGAGGGCCAGGUAGCCAGCGUCGAGAUACGGAAUGCGGCCAGCGAGCGACUGGGGCGAGAGAAGCAGGAGAAGCAGGAGAACAACAACCUCCACAACGACGGACUGUUCAAGCUGACUACAGAGACUCGUAUUCUUAAGGCGGGCAACGACCUUCGGAAUACUGAGAUCGCCAAACUGAAUACGAAGAUUCGCGAGCUGGAAGAAGAAAAGUCCAACACCAACCGCCUACACAAGCACGAAAUCUCGAAGCUGACCACUAGAAUCAAUGAGCUCGAAGGCGCCGCAUCAACUCUCCGCGCUUCCCGUCUGACCCAAGCAAAGGUCGUCGGCGAUCAGAAGCGACAAGUCGCCGUUCUUCGCAAGGAGAAUGUCAAUUUGGAGGGCGUUAUCGCUGCAAAAGAGGCUGCUAUCUCUCAACUGCAGCGGGAGCUCGAUAUUGCGAAGGAGACUCCCAACAACAACACCCCCGAUCAUUCCGAGAUUGAGAAGCUCAAGGAAGAAAUCACUGAGCUAGAGAUUCAGGUCAGCUCUAUGGAGGGCAUUGAAGCACAAGUGUUCGAUCUCGAGAGGGAAAAGUCCCAACUGCAGUCCGAGCUCGAGCUGGAGAAGGGUAUCAACAAGCAUCAGACUCUCGCCCUAAUCCCCAAGCUUCGAGGAGAGAUUGCCGAACUGAAGGAGAACAUCCAACGCCAGGCCCCGACCGCAUCCCAACUGCCGGACUCAUUUAUCCCAGAUCAUGUCGCUGCCCGAGUCCAAUUCCUGCAUAGUGGCUAUGCGACCAAUGCGGAUCGCAAGCGGUUCAAGACAGAGGUGGCAGAUCUGUGGGCUUUAAAGCAUGGAGACCGCGGUAAUCGAGCAGCAACAGCUGAACUUAUGCUUGACAGCAUCAAAGAGAAACUGAGAGAGGGCCUAGUCAUUCCUUCAGCAAGAGAGCUGAGGAAUCUUGUUAGAAUGCUCAAUGAGGUUCUGUAUCGACCAAGAAAUACGGUGCAGAGGUUGCCGUACACGUCAGAUGUAUUCUCGCCAGGCUCCAAAGAUCCCGGCAUGAGCUACGCCAGCAAGUCGAUACUUGUCUGCUCCGCUCUCUCUGGUGCGAACAUCUCCUAA